UCGAACCCGGGCUCAGACAUGUUUUUUACUUUUUUACAAAACUCCCAUUUUAAAUGUUUUGGCUAAGCUUCAUAUCUUAACUUGGCAGAGUUUAGUUUCAGUUUUUGUUCAGAUUACCCCUUCAUCAAAUUUGAAUAGUAGUUCUGUUUUCACUGAAUUGCAGUGUUUCAUUACCAAUCUUCAAAACUAUGUAUGUUCAGACAAUUUCAUCUCCAAACUAUAAGUUUAACUCCAUAAAUCUUUCACCUUCAGCUCAAUUCCUAAACCCCCAAAGUUCAAAACUUGGGCACAAUUACCCAAUUUACAAAUCUGGGUUUUGCAAUUUAGUGAAAAGGGUAUCUGAAACACCAAUGUUCUUAAAAAUCCGUGGUGGUUCAAUUGGGAUUAGAUGUGAUGGCUCAUUUGGGAAAGAUGAGAAAGACAAUGAGAAUAGGUUUUAUAUGAGAAGAGCUUUGGAGCUUGCUAAGAAAGCUACUGGGUAUACUAGUCCUAAUCCACUGGUUGGUUGUGUUAUUGUCAAUGAUGGGAAGAUUGUUGGUGAAGGGUUUCAUCCUAAAGCUGGUCAACCUCAUGCUGAGGUCUUUGCUCUAAGGGAUGCUGGAGAUUUGGCAGAAAAUGGGACUGCUUAUGUGACUUUGGAACCAUGUAACCAUUUUGGGAGAACACCUCCAUGUAGUGAAGCACUGAUUAAAGCAAAGGUGAAAAAUGUUGUGGUUGGGAUGGUGGAUCCAAACCCCAUUGUAGCUUCUAAGGGAGUGGAUAAACUAAGAGCUGCAGGAAUUGAUGUAACUGUGGGUGUUGAAGAAGACAUGUGCAAGAAGCUUAAUGAAGGUUAUAUCCAUCAAAUGCUAACAGGCAAGCCCUUCGUGACACUAAGAUGCACACUUUCAGUUGAUGGUAAUUUGACAGAUCAACUUGGGGAAGAAGUAGUGGCACCAGGUGGAUACUACUCAAAAUUAUUGCAAGAAUAUGAUGCAGUUAUACUAUCUUCUACACUAUUGGCGCAGACAUCUUCACUUCCUUUGUCUAAUGAACCUGGAGCCAAUCAACCUCUUAAGAUUGUAAUAGCAAAAUCUUCCAGUUCUCAGUUUCAGAUCCCCGUUUCCCCCAAUGAAUUAACUUCCAAAGUAAUAGUAUUUUCUGACAAAGAGAUGGAUGUGGGAUCUCAAACAGCCCAACAAGGUAUUGAAACUGUUGUUUUAGAAAAGAUAAGCUUACUUGCCAUCCUUGAGUACUGCAAAGGUUUAGGACUGUGCAGCGUUUUACUGGAUUUGAGAGGUGAUGUUCAUGAGCUUGAAGAGACACUGAGAGAGGGUUUUGAGCUCAGUUUGAUACAGAAGGUUCUGGUGGAAGCAUUGCCAGAAUGGGAUAUAAGCAAAGAAGAAGUAUUGCCAGUGACACUAAAGAAUCUAGGGAAAGGGCUAAAGCUGAAGAAUUUAGUGUCACACAUUUCCGGAAAGAUUUUAUUGAUAGAGGGAUACUUCUGAUGGAAAUGACUAUUAUACCUAGGGAAAGAUGAACAAUAAGGCUUGACAGUCUAUGGUGUCGCAAGAUUGGCACACAUCAACAUGAAGAAUAUUGAUCGCAUCGUCUGAUAAAGAGAGCUUGUAAUUGCAUUGACCAUCAUCAGAAGACAAUCCAAAAUCUUUGAUUUAUUCAGAUGUUUUGUUUAAGUGGUUUCA